AUGCGGUCUGGAAGCCAGGCGCUGACGGUCUUUUGGCUCAAGAGGCUUGGCCUUCCUAAGGUAUCGUCAUCAUCAUGGCAUCGAAAGCGCGUCCGAGAAGAGCUUCUAGAGCGCCGUCAAGCAAGGCCUGGGUUGCCCAAGUUGAGCGAAACGUCCGAUGUUCUCUUUACGGUCAAGCGAGCUCAUUACGACGGGACCCGGCUUCGCCCGUUCUACCUUCUUACUGGAAUACAUCUGGCACCGACCUAUACUUACAUGUUUGCUAAGUUCACCUCCAGAUGGUGCUUCUUUCGAAUCGCGGCCCUUGUUUGCAGAAUCCCCAACCACAUGGCAGUUCGCGAAGUUGUCAACCCCAGCAAAGACCACAAAGUGGAUGAAGUAGCUCGUCGCCAUAAUAUUGAUCCAAUCAAGUUUCGACAAGCCUGUCGACGCCUCCGACAAAUCUGGCCGCUCCUUCCUUGA